CCCCCUCCCAACGGCCGCCCGGCGGGGGAGGGGCGGAGCUUUCUCUGACCACGUGACGCGCUGGUGCGAGCCAAUAAGAGCGUGUCGAGGCCUCCGGCGGGUUUUGAAUGCAGUCUGGGUCCAAGAAGUAUGAAGAAGAGACACCUUCUCUGCACUGGGGAAUGGAUCCUGUAUUUUCUGCAUUUGCAAGACUCUAUAUUAAAGAUAUAAAAGAAAUGAAAGAAUCUAAACAAGUGCCAGGUAUAUUCUUUUAUAAUGGGCAUCCUGUAAGACAGGUGGAUGUUGUAGGGACAGUGGUUCAAACAAAGGAGCGAGAUGCCUUUUAUAACUAUGGAGUGGAUGAUAGUACUGGAGUUAUAAAUUGUCUCUGCUGGAAAAAUCCCAUGGUAGCAGAAACAUCUUUAUCAGGUCGUCCAAGCACUCCCAGCAGUCUUACUGUGCUUGAACAGAUGAAGAAACUCCAAGGGUUGGUGAGCCAGAAAACCAAGCUGGAGAUUGGGGAUAUUGUCAGGGUCAGAGGUCACAUCCGAACCUACAGGCAAGAAAGAGAAAUUCAGGCUUCAUGUUUUUACAAAGUGGAUGAUCCUGUGUGUGAUGUUCAGAUUUCAAGAAUGCUGGAGCUCCCCUGUCUGUAUAGAGAAGUUUAUGAUAAAUAUUUUCAAGGUCCUGAGGAGGGACAGAGUGGCCUGAAGCACCAGAAUUUCUCAGUUAAUGUGCUACAUGAGAAAGUGGAAAGUUUUCUAUUAGAAAACAAAAUUCAGACCUUUUACCAGCAGGAGUUGGAAACAAUUGAUGCUCUGGUGUCUCUUGCUAGUGUGCAUCUACCCAGCCAUAGCUUUCAGGAGGUGAAGUCAAAAAGUGACUCCAGUUCCAAAAGGAUCCACAGUCUUUUUAAGGAAGCAAUAAGGAAGCUACAAGAAAAAGGCAUAGUUUUCAAAAAACCUAGUAGCUCCAAGGACUUAUACCAUGUAACUGACCAUGAUAAGGAGCUCCUUAAAGUGACCCUUGAUGUGAUUAAAGAAGACUGUCGAAAACCCAGGCAUGCUGAAAAAGGCUGCCAUUUCCUACAUGUCCUGAACUGUGUUCGUCAGAGCUACAACCCCUCACUGGCUGAAGAGGUGAUGCACCGUGUCUUGGAACUGCUGGAGAGCAACAGUGAUGUUGUCAGCACCAUGGAAGGAUAUUACAUGUUUUUUUAAAAAGAGAAUAUAAGAUAUAUUAAUUCUGAUCAGUUCAGUAUUAAGGAGGCAAAAGGAGAAGUUGAGUGAUCCUGAAAAGCUGCUACUACCUGGUGUGAUCUAUAUGGGAGGGGGGGAGGAAAGCAUUCUGAUUCUCAAAAUGCUGGUUUUGUUCAGUUCCAGAGAAAAUGUCUAAAUACCUGUAGUAUUCUUGGUGAUGUCUUUGCUGUCCCUAGUGAAACUUGUAUCCAUAUGAUUCUGAACAUCGUAAUGCAGCAGAAGAGCUUGAAAAGAAGCUGGGCUCUUUCCCUGCAGUAAGCUGUGACAUGGCUGUCCACACAUUUACAUCCAGUGAGUCCUAAAGAAAAGUCACUGUUUGCAGCAGUAGUCUCAUCAGGACUCUUUAUUUUCUGGCUUAAAGACUGAUUUUGUGAUCUUUCUGUAUGGUAGUGGCUGUGGAUCUUUCUUUUUAUGUAUAUUUUACAACAGCUAGAAAACAAAAGAUUUGCUUGUUCUUCCUGUCCAUGUUGGUUUACCCAUGCCUGUGUUGAUAUGCAUUUCUCAACGUGCACAGCUUUCCCACCACUAAAUCAAUCCUCACCUUUCUCUGAACAGGAACAAGGUCCUGCAUCCUUUCCCAUCCUGCUUUGUUGUCCAUGGCUUGUCAAGCAUGUCUGGAUUCUCUUGGCUACUGUGUGUGCUAUUGAUGCAUGUUGUUGGGAGUUCUGUUCGGAUCAGGAGUCUCAAAAUCAGCCAUUGUUUUGCUGUUUACCCAGAUUACAAAUGGUAAAUUAUGUAUCAGAUACUUUGAAAAAGAAAAUGCAAAAGCCAGCAAGACCAGCUGUAAUCUCCAUGCUCUCUGUUGCCUUUUGUCUUCUGUUUCCACCUUUUGGGAAGAACAGUGUCUAUAUUUGUGCUUACAGAGGAACAGAAGACAUUUCUGAAAUCACAUUGACCUAAAAAAGGUUUCCAUACAAGACAUUUGAUCUAGGAUAAUCAGAACUCUUCCGUGCGGCAGUUCACAAGUCCAGAGCUGUUGAGUAUUUAUCCUUAGUAUUUAUCCUUGAUUCUUCAGGGGAUUGCCUGUUUACUUAAUCUGUUUAAUAAACUGUGGGGAUGUGAGACCUUUAACUUGAAAGGAGGAGGAAGGAUUGAAUGCAUCCAUCCUCUUUCUUCUGCACCUUCUCUGUAACAGUUGAAAUAGCAGACUCCCAGGAGGCAGAUGUAUUGGUAAAGCCCUAUAAGGAUUGACAUAGCAGGGAAAAAUAAACCAUAUGCAUGAGGAAAGCCAGUGAGCAGCCCCAUGUGUGCCAGGUCUCUGGCUUGUUGUUAUAUUAUAUGCCUCGUUCUAUGCCCUGGCUGCAGUGAGAUAUAGGCUAAGAAAAAAGCAUGACAGAUUAUUUGGCAUUCACAUUCAGAGGCCUGUGGAAAACUCUCGCCUUAAAGAGAUGGUGUGUUUGUUCAUAGUGGAAAACUAUGUAUGAAUCAUUCUUUUGCUGUAAAUUCCCUACUUGCUGAAGGGCUCAAUAUUUGGUUUUGCUGCAGGCUGCCCCACUCCUAGCAUUGCUGCUCUGUUUUGAGUUGAGUGCCUUCUAGUCAAAACUUAAUAUGGGCUUGAACAUGUGCUGAAAGGAUAUGCCUGUGCAGAAGGAAAUAAAAGAGAAGAGGCUUAAGAAAGAAUUGCAGAGGUCUUCCCCCCAUACAACAAACGUCUCUGGAAAGCAGAGAAAGUUCACAUUCUGAAAGAGUGGUACUAAGGGGAACUGCAAAUUUAAAUUCUGGGUGGCCACAGGGAUGAUGUGCUUCUCAGAUUUUUGUACUGUUUACUAAUAAGUUUGAAAUGAUACUUAAAACCAAAGUCUGUCUGUGGGAGCUGGAGUUUGGAAUAGUGAUUCCUAAAUUCAGACUCAUUCCAUGAGUUACCCAUGAUCAAGUAUAUGGUUAAGUCACAUACUUGCCAUGAAUUUGAGUAUGUUGUGAAGGAAAGUAUGUGGUGUCUUAGACUAUAUGGAAGAGCAUGGCAUCUAAUUUAAGAAACUGACUUGGCCAUUUUCUUAAAGUACUAUAUUAGCAGAAUCUGAUUUUGCUGGGAAAGGGUUAAAAUAACACUGCUAGCUCAGUGGGGAAAGGUGAUCUCUUCUCUUAGGUUAGAAGAGCGAAAGAUUCUGGUUUUCCUGAGGGUGUUAGCCAAGUGUGUGGGCUGGAUGAGUUUUGGGAAGAGCUCAGCUGGAUCAUGGAAGAAAGGAUAGUCUGGAUAUGGUAUUGCUCUUUAAGGUCUCUUUAAAAUAAAUUCCUACCAAAGCAGGAUUACAUCUUUGUCCUAUGGUGCUUCAAUAGUCACACACAUAGCAUCUGAUGUCUGUUAGGUGAUUUAGGUGUGUUUUGUGUGUAAAGUCUGCCUAAAACCCCUGGCUGCCUACUUUGCAUUGGAGGCUGUUGCAGACACAAAGUAUCUUCCCUCUCUGUUCUGUUCUAUUUGUUGCAAUUUAAAAGCUCUGAUCAACUGUGAAGGGUUGGAGAGUAGGUAGAAAGAGUUCAUCUCAGGAAAGACAGAGAAGUGAUCCUGGAAAGAACCUGUCCUUGGGAGGUUUUAAGCUGCUCCUUGCUGGUGAUGCUGGACUAUUGUGGUUAAGGGUGCAUUCUGUUGAAGAUAGCUUCCCAAGAACAGCAAAAAGGGAUCUUUCUCACUUAACUCAGGGAAAUGUGGAUGAACAUAAGGGAGCCUACAGUUUUUACAAGAGUGAAAUGUUAAAGUAAAAUUAAUGGAGGAGAUUCUACAGAAUAGUUGUGCCUUAAGCUCGCAUGCUUUAAUUUUUCCACCGUAGCCACCCUACACACACUGACACUUUGGUUGAGUGCAUUCCCUCUUCUGUACCUACAGGGAAUACUGUAUGCAUGUGCCUGCACACAAGUACCACAGCUAGCUGGGGGAGCAAAGAGCUCACUGCAGGGUGAUUUACCCAUUUACUCAGUAUCUCUACAGUAUACUUCUGUGACAGGAGUCUAGACAUACCCAUAUUGGUAUAAGUCACCUUUAUGUAAGUCUAACUAAACACACUGGGGCUUUUACAGCUAGUAAACUGUCUCUCUGUUUAAAGAUCAUAUCCUUAACCAAGAGAGUCAUGUCAUACAUUCUGUUAAAAUUUUUAGACUUACACCACACCCACAAAAUAUUGUGUGAACAUUCAGUGAAAGCACACUGUUUCGUUUUGUUUAAUUCAAAAACUCAUUAGACAACACAAUUAUUACUGGUUUAUUAAAAGGCUUUGAAGGUUGUACUUUUUUGUUUUACUGUAAAACUGAUGACUGAAAAUUCACAUUGUAGGACUACUUCAUGGCCAGUUCCAGUUUCCAUAGAAACAGUUAUGACAGUAAAAGGCGGAUAAGUGAAAUGGAGUUUUAGAAAGCUCUCAGCCUUUUUAUGGUACCUUAAAGUGGCAUGUCUCCAUAGAAAUGCAGAGCUUACACAUAAAAAUUAUCGGAGAAUCUUAAUAUUCUUUUCUACCAAAAUAUAAGGUGAUUGAUUUUCUGGUAGAGGAACAAAUCUACCUUCAGUCCCUACCGUCUGCUUAGGUGAGAGAAGAGGUAUGAGGUUGCUUCAUGCCUCCAUUUUCCUCUUUGGUAAACUAGAGGUAAUACAGCUUCCUGUGUAGGGCAUAAGCCCCACUUUUUCCUACUGUUAGUCAUUAAAAGUUUUUGAGAUCUACUGCUGGGAGCUGUUAGAGAACAACUCUGGGACUAGAUGAAUGGACAGAUGAUGGAGUGGGAUUUAGUUCUUAUCCAAGCCCCACUUUUGCUAUUAGCUUUUUCUCUGCCUCUGCAUGGAUAUUGAUUGCUUUGCCUGUCUUGUCUUUUUGCUCUCCAGGUUCUAUGAGGCAAUGAUGGUCUUCCUGGUUUUAUUUGUAUGAAAUAUUUUUUCUGGAAUCCUCUUAUGACUUCUUAAAUAAUGUCUUAAAAAUAGAAAUCUAGGUAAAUUCUGAGCGUUCUUGUUCUCAAAUCUUUGGACUGUAAAUUUGUACCCAUGAGGGUAUGUGUUUUGAACAAGCUACUUGUGAAAUGAUGCUUUUCUUUCAAAGUAAUAAAUGAAAAAUAUAAAGAUUG